AUGGCAGCAGCCACUCUCAUCCAGCUCACAACCAUCCUUCUCACUGUUUCCCUUCCCCUAACUUUACUAGCCUCCCCAUCCCCAAUUGCCUCUUUGUUCUCCGACGAUGCCGAAGACUAUGAAAAGUCUGUAAUUGACACUCCAUUUCUCAAUACUGGAUCCUUAAGAGGUAGGUUUUUGGCGAGUAUCAUAAAGAAAGGUGCACACUGCAUAGUUAGCAGCAACAUAUGCAAUGGAAUUUCAGCAAACAACGGCGCAAGCCAUCUUUUUUGCUGCAAGAGCCAUUGCCGAAAUGUCCUUCAAGACAAGAACAAUUGCGGGAUAUGCGGGCAUAAGUGUAAGUUUGGACAACUUUGCUGUGGAGGUAAAUGCACCAAUGUUGGAUCCAAUGACUUUCAUUGUGGCAAGUGCAACAAAGCAUGUGCUCCAGGGGUUAAAUGCGAAAAUGGUUCUUGUGGAUAUGCUUCUUAA